AUGGAUGGAGAUGCAGAUGAGGUGGCAGAUGCCAGGAAAGGGGCAAAACCCAAGAAGGACAAGCAGGCGAAGGCCAAAGCCGAUGGGAAAGCCAGGAGAUCUGGCUGGGAUCCGCCACCGUUCAAGGUACCUCCACGACUGUGGCCCGGGGAGAGCUCUAUGAUGGGCCUCCCGGAUCGUCAGGAGAACGAGUUCAUGAGCAUCAAGGAGAUCUUCCCCGGUGCAGUUGAAGAGCUACCAGUGGGUCCAGGCUGCCAGAGCUCAGGCGAGGAAGAUGACGCGAAGGAUCCUCAGGCAUACCGACCUUCGACACCCGUGAAGCGCUACCGAGUCCGGCUUGCAGCAAGCACGGGCAGUGGACCCACUGCGGAGCUGGAGGUGAGCUACGGUCGGCUAUACCCAUCCGAGACGCCUUGCCUGCUUGUGGACAAGGUGGACAACUUGGCCAAGGAAGCCUGGUUGGAGCUGACAAGGCGAGUCGUCGAUGAGGUGGACCAAGCUGCUGGACAGGAAUGUGUGUUUCAGGUUUGUUCGGCGAUCACAGAGUUGCUAAGGGCCUAUCACGACCCAAGUGCCGAGAUCCCUUUGUAUGAGCGCAUGCAGCGCCGUGAGGCUGAAGAAGCGAAGCAGAAGGAAGAGGCUGCUCGCCAAGAUCGCGAGGAGGCACAGAAGAAGGCCAUGGAGGAUUGGGAGAAACGGAAGCAGGCAGAGCGCCAGCGCCUCGAGCGCUACGAGGAGAAGCGACGCGCUGUCGCAAGGGUUGGAGAUGGUGGAGGGACUCUGGACUUCUUGCCUGAGGACUCGGAGUUGGGCACAGGCAACAAACCACCCGAAGAAGUUCCGCCUCCACAGAAGGAGACGCACAAGGAGGUCUUGGUGAACCCGAAGGUGACUCAGAAGCCACGGGAGCCGGUUGCCAACGCCGAUGUGUCCUCACGCUUCAAAGGAGGUGGCCGUCGGAGAGCACCUUCCGAUGAUUCUUCUGACUGUGGCACCCUUCCCUCCUUCUCGGACAAUUUGUCACUAGGUGCCUUUGAGUUUGUCGUCGAUGUCGAAGAGGAGAAGCCACCGGCCAAGGAGCCUCAGCUCUUGGAGAAGGCCGCGCCUGUGCCGAAGGCGAAGCCAAAGAUCAGCCCGAAGAUGUCGCCGGCCGCGCCGCUGCGUCCAGCAGACAGGAAAUUGGAGUCUGCAUCGGAAGCUGCUAAUAGCUUGGCAGCAGUCGGCCGAUAUGCUACCGACUUCGAGGAGCUUCGCUUUCUUGGCAAGGGCGGUUUCGGAUUCGUGACGAAAGCACGACAUCGAGUCGAUCGUCAGCUCUAUGCGGUCAAACGCUUGGAGCUGCGAGGCUCUGCGAUGGACCGUGAGCGACUCCUCCAAGAGUGCGCGUUGUUGCCCAGGCUUACUCACUUACACAUCGUCCGGUACUACCAGGCCUGGAUUGAGACGGAGCAAGUUGAACCUGCUCCUCGCCCUGCAACUGGAGUCGCCCAGGCUCCCAAACGUGCGGCCAAGAAGCGAGCGGUAAGAACGGUGAAGCCGGAGGUCGCCGCGGAGAGAGAUGACUGGCUUUCGCACAAUGGCCCAAUGCGCGCAAGGGGCCCCUCGCCACCUCCCGGUUCCGCUUUGCAGCGCGAGUUCCUGUACAUUCAGAUGGAGUUUUGCGAUGGAACUACUCUUCGCGAGGCCAUUGGAAGCGGGGCUCUGCACAAAGAUGAAGCACUCAUUUGGAAACUGUUUCGCCAAGUACUCGAUGCACUUGCGUACAUGCAUUCACGAGGCCUGAUACAUCGCGAUGUGAAGCCGCCGAAUAUCUUCCUCUCGAAGGCCGAAGGUGGCCACGCCAAGCUCGGCGACUUCGGCCUUUCCACAGAAUUGGCUAGCCUCGAGCCUGCCGGAGGCGAUCCGACAAUCUCAGGUGCAGCUCGGCAACAGUCGACAGGAGUUGGCACUGUGCUGUACAUGGCCCCAGAAGUUCGAGGGGGUCGCAACCUUUUCAGUGGUUCAAGCCUGCAGCUCUACGACAACAGAGUCGACAUGUUCGCCAUGGGCGUUGUAUUCUUCGAAAUGUGGCGGCCUCCUUUUGCUACUGCUAUGGAACGAGUGGAUGUGCUUGGCAAGCUGGUGCUGCCGACCACUCUCUCCUCAGAGGCUAUCAAGGACCUGGCGAACCUGCCCAAGGAGUUCCUGCAGAAGGUGCAGGAGCGACUACCCGAGGCGCCACCGGAGGCGGCAAAAAUCUUGGCGUCGUUGUUGCAGGAAGACCCGGAGGCUCGGUUCACCGCAGACCACCUGCUGAACCGAUCCGGCCUGCUACCUUCAGGCGCCUUCGAUCCGCAGGUCCAGCGCGUUUUGAGUGCUCUCGAAGAUCCAAGCUCUUCUGAGUCUGUGGCUUUGCUCCAGGCACUCUUCAGUCGAGUUGAAGAGCCAGCCAAGGACAUACCCUUCUUUGAGCAGCUCUUCCGCUUUUCUGAGCAGGGCGCCAACUUCGAGGCCGAAGUGGAAGUGCGAGAUGCGCUGUUACAGCUUUUUCGUGAAGUGUGCCGAAGACAUGGGGCAGUCCAUGACCUGUGUCCUUUGCUUCGUCCCUCGGUACGCGCUGAAAGCGGGGCUUUGUCGCCGAGCAGUGCCGUGCUGUCCAAAGGCCCGUCGAUGCCAGCUGCAGUUCGUCUAGUGGAUGCCGGCAACACGCUCGUCGAGUUGCGGGCCAACUUGACCGAGCCGUUCAUUCGGGCUUUGGCUGCGCUGCAUGGCUCUAGGAGAGCUCAGGGCAAUGUCGAGGACACGGAGCCUUUGGCAGCCGGACGCCUGGUAAGAGAUGGCACGGCGAUGUCCCAGCAGCUCCGUCGAUAUCACGUUGGCACCGUCUACCGCGAGGCCCCCAGCUCAGAGCUGUAUGCACAAUCCCAGUUUGGGCAUCCCCGUGAAGUUUCGUCUGCUGUGGUUCAGUUCCUGUGGCAUCCAAAUCUAGCUCUGGAAGCAGACCAGGAGCCCUUUGGUACCUCACCGACGUCUCGUCACGCAAUAUCCAGGACGAUCCAAAGGAACAUGUCCGUCUUGCAGGAGGCCGAGCACCUCCAUAUGCUGGCAGAGCUCUUCAACUCCGCGAGCAUGACAGGCAGAGUCUCGUUGCAUUUAUCCGACACGCGACUCCUUCGACUGCUCCAGGAGGUCGCAUAUCUCCGAGCUUCACGGGAGGUUCAUACCGGUUCAGCCAAGAAGACUGCAGUGCCUGGUGCCGGAAAGGUGCCUCAGCUCGAUGACCGCGCGGCCAGCACGGGAGAGCGACUUCGCACGCGGCUGUUGGAGGCGCUGAAGGUCAUGGCCACAGGAGAGAAACACUCCAGCAGCCAAAGUGGCAGCAGCAGCGGGAAUGCAUCGUUGGUGAACUCGAACUCGGCCUCGGCGACAGCUCCAGCGGUGCCCCACGCUGCGCUCGAGCGAGCGGCCGGAGAACUGGCGGCGCUCUUGGCAGGUGCGACGGGCUCGCAGGAGGCUCCAAAACCGCCGUCUGCUUUCCUUAGCGAGGUGGAGGAGUUGUAUGCAGUUUCCAGCGCCCCGUUUGGUUCACCGAGCAGCUCUCAGACGGUGCAGUCGGCAGGCAGGCCAUCCGCCGAACCAUAUGCUGCAGCGGCAGAGGAGUUAAGUGAGGUGUUAAGAUCUCUGCGUGCUCUCGAUUCCGUCAUCUCGGCACAAACUACGUGGCGGUCGAUCUCAAUUGAGCCCUACAUGCCUGUGAACACCAUGUAUGGACCCGGGCUUGUGUUCAGCGUGAAAAUGUACCCAUUGGACAAGAAGGAGCCGACGAUGGUCUGUGUCGGUGGUCGCGUGGACCACCUGGCGAGACACUUUGCCCUCCUACACACCACAAGUGGCUCAGACGCGGCGCUCGCCUCUGAGUCCUUCGCGCUGGGAGCCGCGGCAGGCAUGGCAGGUUCCGACGAUCUGUGCGCAGUCUCUUCGGAACUGGCCAUGGACAAGCUUUCAAGCGGCUUGCUACAGCUCGCGCAGGGUGCAGGGAGCACCUCGAGCUCCAAGCAGCGUGGCAAGAGCUCGCUGCCAGCCUUCGUUCCAUGGUGGCGUCAGGCUGGCCGUCAAGCUGCCUGUUGGCCAAGCAUUCUUCUAGGCCCAGCUUCCAGCGAGGAUGGCAGGCUCCAAGCCUUCCAGCAGGCCACGGACGCCAAUUCCUUGCAGCUGCAGGUUGAGGCCCUUCAUGCAGCUGCGGGCCUGCGCCGACUGGGAGCCAGCUGCCAGCUCUGGCCACCGGGGGCCGGGAUGAUCGAUGCCAGAGUCGUGUCAGAGAUGCAACAGAACGUUGCCUCCUACGCCUUGGAGGGUGUGUGCGGGCCACAUGAUUUCAUCGUGACCCUCGUUCUACAAAGGAAAGAGGAGAGGAAAGCAGAAGAGGAUGAUUCCGCAAAGAAGGACGGCAGAAAAGCUGAGGACGACGAAGAUGAAUCGACAAAAAAGAUGGUCGUCGUCGGCGCCAGGUUCUUCUUGCGAGCGCUUUCCGAUCAAGGUCAUGAAGCCAUGGAACGUGCAGCGAAGGAUGCAGGAGGUAGCAGCCGCUCCUUCGAUAGUCGUCAAAGUCUCUUGGAAUUCUUCGAGCGCCUGUCGCGACGACAUGCCGCCAACGCAUCGCGCGUCUGGGCAUCCAACUGA